CAGCUUUCAAGAAAAAAUUGACUUUGAAAGUGCGAAUGCGAGAAGGAAUUUGUAAAUUGCUUGCUGUAAGCACACAAAAAGAUCAACUUUUCAUGCCGUAAAAACCUGAUGGUUUGCAAUGCCGCAACUUGCCUACAGAACAGAACUACAGAGGCAAGCAGGAGAAUCAACUAUGAGCAAAACUACAGGAAGAUGUUUGGAUUUUGCAGCGAAAGAACGUAAAGCCUGUAGAGGAAAGAUUGCCAUAUCAGAUCUCCGAAUCCCAUUGAUGUGGAAAGGCUCUGAUCACUUCAGCAGCAAAGACAGAACACAACGUUACUCAGUUUUUUGUUUACUCAAAAUUGGAGCUCAGGUUUUUGACACAGAGCUGCUUAUUGUGGAUAAAACAAUCACAGACAUAUGUUUUGAAGGUUUAACAGUAUUUGAGGAAGCUGGGCCAGACUUCCAGCUCAAGGUUGAAGUUUACAGCUGCUGUUGUACUGAAGAAUCUUCUGUUAUAACAAACACUCCCAAGAAGCUCGCUAAGAAGCUGAAAACCUCAAUUGGAAAAGCUACCGGGAAGAAACUCACUUCUGUAUUAGAUGAAAACAAUACCGAAUCCUUGUUUGCUGCAGCAAUCAUACCUGGUUCAAAAUAUGGUUUGCUGGCACAUACAUCUUUGGGGCUGGAAAGCACUGAGGACAGUUUCAGGACCCACAGCCUUACUGUUGUGGCAAAUGAGGAAUCAUCUUUUUGGCUUCCAUUGUAUGGCAGCAUGUGUUGUCGUUUAAUUGCGCAACCAUCCUGCAUGACCAAGGAUAUGAUGGCUGGAUUUCUUAAUCAACAGCAAGUGGUAGGGAAACUGACUAGCUGGAGGAAGUUAUACUGUGUGUUGAGAGGUGGUAAACUUUUUUGCUACUAUACACCAGAGGAAAUAGAAGCUAAAGUGGAACCAGCUUUGACAGUUUCCAUAAACAAGGAAACGAGAAUUCGUGCUGUGGAUAAAGACACUCAGAAAAAAACCAAUAACUUUUCUGUUAUCAACCCUGAGGCUGGUGAGGCUGUGACUCAGAUUUUUGCUGUUGAAAGCCGGGAAGACCUUUAUAAGUGGAUGGAAGCUUUCUGGCAGCACUUCUAUGAUUUCAGUCAGUGGAAACAGUGUUGUGAAGAAUUUAUGAAAAUUGAGAUUAGGUCACCACAGAAACCACCAUUGUUCUUGACCAAAGAGGCCACUUUGGUUUACCAAGACAUGAGCAUUGAUUCUCCAGUAAAACAUGAAGCAUUAAUUGAUACUGUACAAAGAAAAAGUGAGGCAAGUGAUGGAGCAUUGGUGGUUGGUCAAGAAGAAGAGUGUGUGUCUCCUUCAUGGGCUGCUAUGUUUGAUGGUUCUCACCACAUGUUAGUGCAGAAAAGCACACUUUCAGAACCAAAUGUAGAGGCUGUAAAACUGAAUGAAGGGAAAGGCAAAAAAAGAAGAGCACCCCUUCCACCCUCUGAUAAGCCACCAUAUACAUUGACAACACAGACAUCACCAGAUCAAAGGAGCAAGGAAAACAUCUGGAAUAGUUCUCCUCUCACAUGUAGGACCUGUUCUGAUCCCAGCUUAUCUGCUAUGCUUCACUUCAAGCAACCUAUUGCAGCUCCUCGCAAACCAGCUCCUUGUCAGAAAAGUACCUUCACUGUUGAUGAAAAUCCUGUUCUAUCAGCUACUAAGGCUAUUUGUGACAAUAAGCCUAUUCCUGCUCCUAGGAAGAAAUCACUCAAAGAGAAGCUUGAUCCCAGCUCUCGUUUGCAGUCGCUGGUUUAGCACUAAUGUUCAGUUUUACUCAAAACAAAAAGGUUUUUUUUUAGUAAUAUUUACAAUUUUAUCAUGGACCGAAUUUUUUCACUAAAGUCCUGGAGGUAUUUGAAAUAUUUAUUUCAACAUACAGUUGGAGUUCAAGGUGGCUGAGUUUACAACAGAUACCUACUCCCAUUGUCAGAAAUUCUGUUCUGCUUGCCAUUACCAACGUUGUAAAUAGAUUCUUCAGCAAACAUACAAAUCGGUAACCUUUUAAAAAGACAAUGCUCUGAAGCAUUUAUCUAAAACAUCUGCAUGAUCCUUUGUAAGGUUGUCAUACUUAACCCAUAUCUUUCUCCCACAUUAUGUUUCAAAUAUGCAGUCUCAAAUUUUACAAAAAGUUUUUGAGCAGACAUCUAUUUUGUGGUGAACAAUUCUUUGGGUUAGCAGAAGCUGCUUGGGCCUUUGUCCACAAAAGUCUAGAGGACCCAUUUUCUCUCAGUAUGAUCAACUGAAUUUUGUAUUUUUGUUCUACAUAAAUGAGUUGUUGUUAUCAGAAAGGCAAAUACCUGUAGGCCUGCUCAGCUACAACUCCCCUUCUUGUUCUCCAUCUCUUCUGUUCUUGCUCCUUUCUCUGUCUCUCACCUUCCCCAUUCUUGUCUCAAAGAUAUGCAGUUAGAGAUGUAGGACAUUCUUUGUGAUGCAUCCAAAGUGAACUGUGCGCUGUCAGAUGAGAUCUGAAAUGGUGUUGAGGAUUCUAUAACAAAACUCUCUUUGGUCUUUUCUGAAGGAAAUGGUUCCUUCUCACUUUUGUUUUCAUGUUUCCUAGUGCUGUCCACUUCGAUUCUAUUCUGUCAAGAAUUCCCAAAUUCUAUACAUGAGUUUAACUGGAGAAUUAAGCAUAUGUAUAGUCUUCGGGUUCUCCAUUUUAAAAACCUAGUUUACUCACCACUUUGAAUUCCCUAGCAGGCUUUAAUUUAUAUAAAUGACUAAUUUAAUUUUGGCUUAAAUCUAAUUCUGAGCCCCAAUUAGAAUAAACCCACUGAACAGUGGAAAUUUGUAGUGGUCUAUUCUAGCCAGGAAUAACAAUUGGGUUAGAGCCAUUGUAUUUACGUUCCUGUUAUCAUUUCUGCAGCAAAAACAUAUGAAUAUUAUUUUGCAUGAUUUAGUUGGUGGAAGCUUUGGUUCUCGAGACACCAGAUGCCAACAAGACAGCUCCCCCCUUCCCCAUAUUCUUAAAUAUCAGCACCUGGAUUUAAAUCUUAAGUUAUCAGGGUGUGUCUUCUUUUAUCCAAAAUAUUGAUCUUCUAGAAUCUAGAGGAAUGGUUCUCAAACUAUGAUCCCCCGGGGGCUUUGUACUUCAGCACCCAGAAACCCCAGAAUUAUUGAAUUCUGGGAGCUCAAGUCAAAACUAUCUUGAGGAUUGACGUUUGGGUAACACUGCUGUAGAGAAACUGUUUACAUGAUCAGCUGUAGUAAAUGAGAUGCUUACACGUUUGUAUCUUCAUGAAAUUCUAUACUGCAAGCAGAUACAAAAUACAGUGGCAGCUCACUACUGUUUUAUUUAGUAAUAAUGAAUUGUAAAUAUGGAUGAUGCAGAUUUAUUGUAUGAUGUUGGAAUAAUGUUUGUUCCGAUGCGGUUUUAGCCUGUGUAUUUGUUUCUUAUGUUGUGAGGUUUUGUGUAUAACAGUACAUGAUACACCUUGGAGUAUCUCUGAUCUCAUGUUCACUUUUUUUUUUUUUUAGGUAUUCUUAGAGAGGAAGAAUAAAGAUAAUGUAACAGAGUGUUAGUAUGACAUUAAUGCUGUCUAAUCCCUUAAUGAGUAUAGUAGAAUCCUUUUAAUUGGCAUAUUCCUGUUAGCAGUAGGGAGUGCCAAUUAAGCAAUCUUCUCAAUUUUAAGACUCUCAGGAAUAUGCUGAGCAUAUUGAUAUUUGCUUUUAUUCCAUGCCUUGAACUACAGAUUAGCAGUGUGCAAUGCAUUCAAAAUUCCUAUGCCUUUAUUUGAUUAGCGAGCUGCAAUAGCACAGUGAAGCUCCAUUAAAUAUGUCCACAGAGGAAACCUUGCUUUAGUAAAUUCAGUUCUAAAGCAUUUGCAACUGUGACUGAUCUUGCAAGGCAGCUCUUAGCCACAGUUUCUUCUUCUGAUACCAAUUAUAUUUGGGUUUUUAAAAAUCCUUAUUGUCUAUGUAUUUUCCCAUCUGGGGGAGCCUAUUUAUCUUCACUGUAUGUGUACACAUAGUACAGAAUUCUGAAGUUGAGAGAAAUCACCUUUACAUUUUAGUGUAUUGCCAAAAUGUUAAAAAAAAUAUAAUUUAAAAAAAUCAUGUAGAGUUCUUCCUGUUGUCUAAUUAACAUGUGCUUUGAUUCCCAUAUACUUCAGGAAUUAAGCGGUCAGUCUUAUUCAAAAGCUGGAAAGGUUACUUUUUAGACUGUAGCUCCCAGACUUGUCCAGCCCGCGUGGAAGAUCCUGGGAAAUACGGUCCCCAAAAGGUAGCUUUCCUAAAUUCUGGCUUUAUUGUAUUGUAAGAACAUAUAUACUAUGGCCUAAUUUGUAUAAGGCUGUGAUUUAUCAAGACGAACCUUGCAAAUUGUUAAUGGUUUUAAUACAAUCAAAAAGCUCUGUGGAUUUUUUACUUCCACAAAGGGCUAAAAUUAUUAGGGUUUAUGCCAGCUGUUUGCAUACAAGGCAGAGAGAACAAUCUAAACCACUUAAAGGGCUAGCCUGCUCCGUCUGUCACUCAUAACCUUGCAAAUUGGCCCAGAGGUUCUUUCCCCCCUUACCUGUGCUUUCAAUGCCAGCACAGAACCUACCUGUUGAGGAAGUGACUUGUGGGAGUGUUUCUGAGGAUGGCAAGCUCUAAAUUGUAUCUCUGUGCCCAUUUAGAGAUUUGAUGUGUUGGGUAUCUGCCAUCAUGUAUAGUCUGAUUCAUAGACAUUAUGGAGUUCAAAUGGUAACAAUAUUGGAUGUGCAUCUCUGGCUCCCUGAUCCUCUCAUAAAAGGGGAAACAGAAUGCCUCUUCUGGCAAUAUGUCACCUUUAUUUGGCUAUGGAUUUUCCCUAGAGAUGGAGGUGACAUUCAUUUAGUUCAUAGUUUAAUAUGAUCCAAGCUAAUCUGCACCUCUUCAAUGUUGGAACACAAUAGCGGUGUUGGGUUUUUUGACACGUUACCUUGAAAUUUGAAAUGCAUUUGAUUUUAACUACAUAUAAAAAUGCAACCAAUGGGGCAGAUUACAAGCAAAAGGGGCUAGCAUAUUAGGAGGAAUGGCUUAUCAAAAUUCAUGUGCAGGUAUUAGAGGAAAUUGCUACUGAGUUAUAAGUGUUCUUGCAUAUGGACAUGUAAAUUAUUUCUCAGUCUUUGAAAAAAUAUGGGCAAACUGCAGCAGCAAUAGAAUAUAAUGAAUUUGUAUUUAAGAGAAAUGUCUAAUGUUACAGAAAACAGACAAGCAAAUUGUCCAUUCCUGCUUUUCCCUACCCAUCCACAUCCCAGGAAAGAAUUAGGCAUUUCAAUGACAGCACUAGGUGAGGCGUAGGAAAAUUAAAAAUGCUUUUAAACACAGUCUAGAUCAGACAUAGUCUUUCUAUAGUAAGGGGCAUACGGAAUGCAUGUGUGCUGAGACUCUUCUUAUAAAGAGUAGUCUCCCUGGUAAAGAACAAUCCCUACUAAGAGAACCAAAAGUUUCCUACUAUCUGUGUGUAUUUGGUUUGCUGCACUGAGACUAUUGUUCCUGAAUCAGAUAUGCAAAGAGUUGCUUGCUUGAAGCAAAUAGCCCUACUUCCCCACGCCUACUGCAGUUUACCCUUAGCUUUGAAUGGGAAAGAAUGCCACAGAAAUCUUUCCAUCAUUGGGAAAGUUCAAACUCCAUAACACUUAGCCUGCAAUCAUGUACCUACCAAGACUCAUUGAACUCCAUGGGAUCUACUUCUGAGCAGGAAGGCAUAUGAUCACAGUGUUUUUCUUUAAGAUGAUGAGAGGCAACAGCCAUGCUUAUCUAGCAGAACAGAGGAUGUUUCCAGGUUCUCUUCCAGUGGUGCUAAGUACGAUGCCUGCUAGAGUGUCUUUCCCUGGGGUCCUGUCCCAAGGACCAUGUGCUACAUCACUGUUGUCUCUAUUUCAUUCUUGU